AUGGAGAAGGGACAUAUGUCUGUCAGGAGAGGGGUGAGCUGGAGUCCAGGAGGAUUGAGAAAACCUCUUCAGGCAACGCAAGACAUGCACACCCCGGGGACGGAGUGCAAUGCAUCCUGGGAAAAGACAGGAUUCAACAAAGAACAGAUGAGCCGGAAAACAAACCUGACCAGAAGCGCCAGUUUAUCAGAGAAGGAGCUAAAGGAGGCUCGUAUCAGGAGUCAGAUCAUCGCUGCUCAGCUCACCAUCCCUUCCAACUCUUGCUCCAGAGGCGUGCAGCUCUUCAACCGACGGAAGCAGAGAGUCAAUGCUUUUACGCUAGAGAGCUGUGGAGAGGGGUCAGCGGAGGACAGAGCAGAGAAUGUGAAAAGUGACCCCUUGUCUAACAAACUGACAUGGGCAGAGAGGAGCAGUGAGGAAAGGGACAGAGACCUGAAUUAUAAGAAUAGCACUACCAAGCCACUCUUGGCGCCACCUGGGAGGAUACAUACAGUAAGCGAAACCAUGGAAGAACCAGGUAAGCAUUUCCAUGAGGACGAUGACAUAGAGGACAGCAUCAUCCAAGAGAGACAUUUCCUCCCUGUAAAGGAAGUAGAAGAGGAGGAAGAGGAAAUGGAUGAAAUCCACCAGGAGCAUGAGGGCAAAAUCAAGGAUGAGAUUCCCUCUGGAAGUAAUAAUACUGAUCCCACUCUGAUGAGACUCACUGAAGAGGAAGCAGAGAUAAAUGGGGGCCACCCAGGGCCAGUUCCCCCUGGAAAUGUUCUCAAUGGCUGCCAUAGUAGCUCUGGACCUGAGAGGAUGGCUGUUUCUACAUCCAAGCAGACGACUGCCAUCAUCAAUCGAACUGCAAGGCCUUUCUUCUCACCACCGACAGUCCAGUCUUCCGAGGCGGUCAGCCCUGUCAAUGACAUCCCCCCUCCUCCUUCAUAUUCCACUCCUCCUCUUCCUGCUUUCAAUGCUCCCCAACCUGUAGCGUUUUCAGCCCCAAUUCCACCUCCAUCAUACCCCACACCUCCUCUACCAGCCUUCACAAACCGACCCCAGCAGACCUGCUAUUCUAGUCCACCUCCAAUUUCUCCUGUGAUGUCUCCUUCCUCUCCUCCACCAUCCCAGUUCCCUGUUUCUUCUUCUCACUAUGUUGCUUCAAAUCCACCUGUGCCCCAUUAUGCCCCCCCCACAGUCCCAAAGCCCUCCACCUUUGUCCCUCAGCCCACCGGAGAGAGGAAGCCAACCAAAACAGGAAUACUUGAGGAGAGUGCUGCCAGAAGAUCAAAUAGGAAGUCAAUGUUCACAUUCAAAGAAAAGCCAGUUGUAGCUCCGAACCCUGAGCUGCUCUCUAUGGUGCAGGGGUUGGAUGAAAGGAAGAAACAUGGAAAUAAACCUGUGCCUGAGCCAGCAUCAGAGGAGGAGUUAUUAGCUUUGGGUGCAGAGGCCUCAAACUUCCUCGUCAAGGAAGUAGACAGAGCUGAGGAAGCAAAGGCUCCAGAGUGGUCCUCCUGCCUCAAGAGCUCCAGGACCCGACCCAGGGCAGAACAUAGGCCAGAGCAGACCCUUAACAAUGCAUCAGGAAAGGGGGCUGAGCUGUUUGCUAAGCGUCAGUCCAGAAUGGAGAAAUAUGUCGUUGAGAAUAAGAACACAGGACAAAUUAGGUCUCCUUCUCCUACAAUGUCUCUGCCACCAUCUUGGGUGUACCCAUCAAACAUGCCCGGUAGGGUCAAAGCCAUUGCUAGGAACUCUGAAGUGAGUGCCCAGGUCUCACAAAACCUAAAGGCCCAACAAACAGUCAAGCCUAAACCAAGGCAAAAGGAGCCAGAGCCAGUUCCAGAGCCGCCUCCUUUGGAGAAUGGUUGCUCCAAGAUAGAGAUGGACCUCUCAAGGCACCGGCCCUACCAGCUUAACUCUUCUCUCUUCAUCCUUAAUCCAGUCAAGGACCCCAUUAGUACCCUACCCAGAGCAGCACCACAGGCCAGGAACAUGAUGUCUCCCCAGUCUCUCUCCAGACAAACUUCCUUACCUAACAACCCUCCCUCUCACUUCAGCGUGUCUCCCCAGAUGCCCCUUAGCCCCACAAGAAGAGCAGAAUAUCCACGAUCAGCCUCUGGGCCACCAAGGAUCAGUUCUCCUAUGUCUGCCUUUUCUCCAGAGCGUGUGUCCUCUCCUCGGUCGGUUGUCCAGUCAGCAAGGCCCACAUUUUCUGCCAAGAAGGCGGGGAUUGAACCACAGACACCAAAGGAGUCCACCCCAGCUGAGACCCCCAGUGAGACACCCACGCCAACGAGGACGCCCAGCCUUACCAGGCGAUUCAGCAGCCCAGAAGGCCCCACCACUGCGUCCUGGACUUCCGGCCUCCAAACCAACCGCCCCUCCAACACCAUCUCCGGCCGCUCAGUCACCUCACCUGUGUGCUCUCCCAGAGGUAGAAGAUGCCAAUCCCCUAUGAACACUCAGAAUAUUCAGUUUUCCACUGUUAGCUCAGUUUCCACAUCCAGACCAUCCCAGACAUCUACAGCCACCUCUCAACGCUCUCCUUGGGGUUCAAGAUGUCAGUCCCCAAUGGUUAACCAGGCCUCCACCAUCUCUACUGUUCCUGGUUUCAGACCUCCCCAAACGACUAGUUCUCCUCUUUCUCCAGCAUGGGGUUCAAGAUGCCAGUCCCCAGUUGUAGGCCAGCAUACCCAAACUGUUGCCCACAUUUCCACAUCCAGAUCCCCUCAAACAACUACAGCCUUCUCUCCACCUUGGGGUUCAAGAUGCCAAUCACCGAUGGUAAACCAGAAUACCCCAUCUUCCACUGUUUCCAUUUCUACAUCCAGACCCUCCCAAACACCUACAGUCACCUCUCCUGUCUGUCCUCCUUGGGGCUCACGUUCCCAGUCUCCUGCACUCUCUCAGACCAGUUUAUCCUUCCCCACUGCUAAACCUCUGCACACCUCCUCUGCCAGCUCUCCUGUUCCGACACCUAAAGACAGUCGCUGCAUGUCCCCGGUUGUUAAUAAUACAGACUCUAAGGCCAACCAUCGCAUUCUGGCAAAAAACAUCAUCAAUGCAGCCAAACGUAAAAACAGCCCUUCCCCAGGUGCACUGAGCAGUCACAGCCUCCCCAUCUCACCUCUGGGAAAUUCCCAUCAUGGCUACGAUUGUCACAAACCACCCAUCAGUCCUUUCCAGCCACGGCCAUUGGGGGCUCAGUCCCCUACCUUCACCAGUCCUCCUCCCACCCCAACACAGAGGAUCUGUUCUCCUGUGAGGCUCUACAACACACGAUCCCUCACUGACUCUGAUGCCUCAGUUGAGUCAGAGGACUCGGGCCUCCGGUCACCUGGUCUGCACACCUACAACACUUGCCCCCGUGGCUGGGGCGGCAGCCUGAGGGUGAAGAGAAGCACUGUCUCCACUGACCUGUGAGGGUGCUACUUGAUGGCAUGAUUACAGUUUUCAUAGACUUACUCCCCUGUGGCAUUUGUGCAACCAGUAAACAACAUUCUGAUGGAAUUUAAUCAGACUUAUAUUAGAUAAUUUACCUUUCUGUUACUUUGAAUACAGAUCCUGGACAAUGGUAAACAUUGUAUCAAUUAGUAUUAGUAUUUUGUAUGACUCACAUUCAUAUUAUGGACUGACAAGAACAAGCUUUUUACAUAACACAGUUGCUGUGGCUUGUACGCUUCUUGCAUACCAAAAAAUGCAGACUCAAAAUAACCAAAGAUAUUUGAAAUCAUUUAAAAUGAAUGUUAUACUCUUUACACCUUCACAGCAAGCAUAUAGUUCAAACAAUACUGAACUAUUCCAGUUCAAUAUUGUUUUUUAAAAUG